AUGUCCGAUCACACAAGGUCACAAAACUGGACGAACCUCAUACUAACUCAGUCCAUCUACAACCAGAAGGAGGUGACCCAGGUCAACAUCCCUUCCACCGCUGGUGAGCUCGGUAUUCUGGCUAACCACGUUCCCACCAUCCAGCAGCUCAAGCCUGGUGUUGUCGAGGUCAUUGAGACUAACGGUGAGACCAAGUCUUACUUCAUCUCCGGUGGUUUCGCUACCGUUCAGCCCGACUCCGAGCUGUCCGUCAACUCCAUUGAGGCUUUCCAGGCUGAGGACUUCUCCCCCGAGGCCAUCAAGUCUCUGACCGCCGAGGCCCAGAAGAACGCCCAGUCUGCUGACGAGGCUGUUGCUGCUGAGGCCGAGAUUGAGCUCGAGGUUCUUGAGGCUCUUGCCCACUUUGCCAAAUAA